AUGGCCGACAAGCUCCGCGCACAGCAGCAGCUCGAAGCGCUCCAGGCGCGCUACAUCGGCAUCGGCUCCGCAGACACCACAAGACACGAAUGGACGUCCAACAUCGCACGCGACUCGCUCUCUUCGUACGUUGGCCACCCGCCGCUACUACAGUACAUGAGCAUCGGCCUAGGCCAGUCAAGGGAGAAGACAAGGGUGCAGCUGCUGGAGAGGAUGGUCAGACCAGUUGGGCCCCCGCCAGAGACCCAGGAGUGA